CGACGAACGACGAUCCGAGAUGGAACAAUGAUGGGCCAAUUAGCAAUAGAGGGUUCACCAAGUGUGAUUGUGGUGACAUUCCCCCUGCAGUGGAGAGAACGAAUAUCUCACCCUUCAAAAUGGAUCCAAUGACCAAUACAGCAUUCGCCAAGUGUAGAUACGGCAGGGCAGUGGGCACUGAUGCCCUGAAAGACAUCACCCUGUCAACCUUCAAAAACAAUCUUGUGUGGUCCCACAAGUGCCAGAAGGCUCCCAGCAAACAAGACAAAGGGAAGCAGCCUAAGCCAUCAGACGCCGAUAUUGAUGACAACAAAGUAAAAGUGUCUGUAGUGGUUUCCAAAGGAAAAAGGAAAAGUUCAGAUGGAAAGAGACAUCACGUCACCAGAACACCGUUGAGGCUGAGAACACCAUUCACUGCUGCCCGCAAGAGAAGCCACAGCCAUAUUCAAUGGGCCGACCAAACCGAACAUCUAGAUAGUUCUUUGCGAAGUAGGUCUGCUGAUAUAAGAGUUGACAAUGAAAGUGCGACUAGGCCAAGAAACAGAUACUAUUCAGGAUGGAACCAGAGUGGGCCAAUGAGAAUUGCAGGCUUCAUCAAGUAUAAAUCUAGUGAUGUUACACCUUCGACGGAGAGAUGGGAUAGAUGCUCAGCGAAGACUAAAUCGCUGGUCUGCAAUCGACAGGAGGACAGGUUCCUCACGGAUGGCCUGAAAGGCUUCACCUUGUCAACCUUCAAAAACAAUAUUGUGUGGUCCCACAAGUACCCGGAUGUUCCCAGCAGCAAACAGGACAAAGAACAGCAGCCUCAGAAGGUCUCAGAAGCUGAAACUGAAGACAAGAAAGUAAACACAGCUGCACCAGCAUCCAAAGGAAAAAGGAAAAGUUCAGAUGAUCGGAGACCCGUCAGCAGAGCACCAUCGAGGCUGCCUUCCAGGCCUCCCUCUUUGACUGCCGGCCCCAAGAGAAGCCCGGGCCUGAGCUUGAUGCACCGCCUCCGAACCCUGUCUACCACUCGUGAACACAACACUGAGCUGCCACGAUGCGCCCCACCACAGACACUGUUGAGCGAGCCAGACAGAAAGAUGCGCUCUUCCCAGAUCUUUAAAUCAAACUUUGAAUUGCUUAAAAAACAUGAAAGGAGAGAAACAUUCUAAUUAUGCUUAUCUAGAGUAUUCCACCAUAUAUAUUUGAAUAAAUUACUUUUACAAUGAUA